AUGAUUAGUCAUCUCCGAAUAGGAUUUCGAACUUUUGCCACAAUGGUUUCAACCAAAUCGCGCCCUAUUGUUGUAUCUGGUCCGAGCGGAUCUGGCAAAAGCACAUUAAUUAAUCAAUUGUUUAAAGAAUAUCCAACAGCGUUUUCUUUCAGUGUUUCUCACACUACACGAUCACCUCGAGCUGGUGAACAAAAUGGUCGAGAAUAUCAUUUUGUACCACAAGAUCAAAUGAAAAAAAUGAUUAGUAAUGGUGAUUUUCUUGAGACAACAGAAUUUUCAUCCAAUCUCUAUGGAACAAGUAAAAAAGCUGUUGAAGAUGUAGCAAAAACAGGUCGCAUAUGUGUACUUGAUGUUGAUAAACAAGGUGUUCAAAAUAUUAAAAAAAGCGAUCUUCAUCCAUUAUGUAUUUAUAUAAGUCCACCAAGUUAUGAAAUACUCGAAAAACGUUUACGUGCUCGUAAAACCGAUGAUGAAAGUGCAAUAGGUAGACGUUUAAAAGAAUCGAAAGAAUCAAUGGAAUUUAGUAAACAACCCGGUGUAUAUGAUCAUAUUAUAAUCAAUGACAAACUUGAUGUUGCUUAUAAAGAUUUAAAAGAGGUUCUUCGUAAAGAUAUUGAAACAGUUUUAAAGCAACAUAAAUAA